UUUUGCAUACAAGUACUAUUUACUAUUAUAUCUAGUAUACAAACACAGAGGAAGCACAAAUAUGCACGUUUACCAUGCUGCUUUGUUUAUGACGUUGGCCAUAAGUUACUGUUUGACAGACCUUAGUUCGGCAAAAGGUCCUCAAUGCGGAAAAUGUUUUGACGUAAGUUUGAAAGUGCUCCUCCUGAAUGUAAAAACAAAGAACUGUGAUAAAGUAUCUACCUCAAGAUGUGCAACGGCUAAUCACAAGUGUAUGGAGUUCGAAGGAACAGCUGGUCUUAAGAUAUCCGUUUGGCCAAUUUCGCUUUAUCCCAGUGCUGGCAUAAAAACUAGAUACUGUAAAAUAACGAGCCAAACAGGAUGCCAGAAAACUGACUUGACAAACCCAAGCAUCGAUCCAACCAAUAUUGUAUCAAAAGUCAUACAGGUAAUACAUGCAAUACCAAUGAUGUCCUAUGCUUUCAAGAUUAAAACACUUUCUGGGAAAGUUUGUGUUAGUAGUGUUACACACAUGCGUACUGGAUUGACAGCAAAUGCUACACACAUGCGUACUGGAUUGACAGCAAAUGCUACACACAUGCGUCCUGGAUUGACAGCAAAGAUUCUCAUUUCGUUUAUAACAAUAUUCUCUUUAUAUAACAAAUAUUAAACAUAAGUAUUUGUAAUAUUUUAUUUGUUUUGUACAUAGUAAUAGGCAUUGUUUAUACUUUUAAAACAUAUAUAAGCUAACAGUUCUUUUUUUAACUUGACGAAAUUCAAUGUUGUCAUCUUGUAACGUUGAUAACCUAACAUUAACAUUGUAUCCAUUUUGUGAUCUUAGUCAAACAUAUUAUUCAAGCCUAUUUUUUUUCCGACGUAGUCGGUAUAGUUUCGGUUUGUGCCCUUUGAACUUAAGGGCGCUCAACUAUGGCAACAGAAUACGCAUGCUCGAAAAUCCUUUCUGCGAUUGGACAAAAUGCUGUCAUGGUGGGUGAUUUGGUUGUGAUUGAAAAAAAAACGUCUCGUUAAUUAUAUCGUGAUGGAAAGCAAGUCAAAAACUAUAAAUAUUUGAACUAGAUCUUACAAAGAUUUAUAUUUUUUAUUAAAAUAAAUGUUUCUCCAAUAGCUCUUUGCAUCCAUGACAGCUGUUUAUUCGGGACAAUUAUAUAAUUUUUAAUGUUAACUUUGUUGAACGAACGUACAUGACUUUUAGAACGCACCUACGCAUGUGAGAUUUCCGCGGGGUUUUGGUGAAUGUAAACAGAAAGAUACGAGGACCGAGAAUACUGAACACAAACAGAGAAAACGUUAUUUAAAUGGUAUAUCACUUAUUCAAAUAUAAUCGAAAUGAUAGUUUUAAACAUAUACUCAAAUUUAAAU